GCAUUAUUGAUCAGGCUGGCGGAGCAAGCCACGGAAAGCAAAGCAAAGCAAAGCGCACCCAUCCAGAUACACACGAGCACGCGCCCGCGCCCGCGCCCGCACCCGCAUAGCACCACCAGUCCACCACCAGGCCGGCGCCGCCCAAAAUCUCCGCGUCCCUCUCGCCCACCAUGGCCUCCUUCUUCGGCGACGACGGCGCCGACGAGCUCCCGCGCACCACCUCCCACCCCUUCGACUCCGACGACUUCGGCGCCGCCGCGGCCGACGGCGACGGCGCCGGCGGGUACGGCGGGUACGCCUCCUUCGCCGAGGGGGGCGUCGAGGAUGUGGACGAGGAGAUCACCGUCGAGUCCGACGGGGUCCCGAUCCGCCACGUCUCCGGGGGUUACUCGCCCUCGCCGUUCUCCCCCGAGCUCGAGCCCAACGGCGGCGACGGCCCGAUCCUGCCGCCGCCCACCGAGAUGCGGGAGGAGGGCAUCCUCCUCCGCGAGUGGCGGAGGAAAAAUGCUAUUGAACUUGAGAAAAAGGAACAGAAGGAGAAGGAGCUACGUGCCCAAAUAAUUGCAGAAGCUGAAGAAUUCAAGAAAGCUUUUUUUGAGAAGAGGAUACAGAAUUGUGCGUCAAAUAUGGUCAACAACAGAGAAAGGGAGAAGAUUUUUGUAGCCAGCCAGGAGAAAUUCCAUGCCAACGCAGACAAGCAGUACUGGAAAUCGAUUUCAGAUCUCAUCCCACAUGAAAUAGCCACCAUUGAGAAGCGGGGAAAGAAAGACAAGGACAAGAAGCCAUCCAUCACAGUUAUUCAGGGCCCCAAGCCUGGCAAGCCCACCGACCUCUCCCGGAUGCGCCAUAUCUUAGUGAAGCUGAAGCAUGCUCCACCGCCACAUAUGUUGCAACCUCCACCAGCACCUGCUGCUAAAGAGGGCGCAAAGGAUGGUGCCAAAGAAGGCGCAAAGGAUGGCGCCAAAGAAGGCGCGGCAGCCCCAGCAAACGGCGCCAAGCAGCCAGCAGAGAGCCAAGAAACCCCCGCCAAUGGCCCCUCUGAGGCCGAGAAAGAGCAGCCUGCAGCGUCAGAGUGACCGGAAAGGGUAGCACUACAGAAACACAAGAGCCUUGACUGUCAGUAGAUGGAAGCGUGUUUUAUUUCUUGAUGAUUUCCAGACCCGUUUGUCCCGUACUGAUCUUUUGUAGAGAUCUGCAUCAGGAUGUCUUUAUAUCAGCGCAGAACAUUCAUAAUUAGUAUCACCACAGCAGUUGUAUCUUUACUGUUUUCCUCU